CCUCCCCGCCUUGUUUUCCAACUUCUCUAGGAGCAGCCGGACAGCAGGCAACGGGACGCAGCACACAGAGGAGGUACCAGGACCCUGGGCGCCCCGGAGUUGGAACUCCUGCUUCCUCGAAUGCCCCCCUUCCCCACUCCGUGCUGGCACACCUGCCCCUCCCAGCUGGCGAGACCCCUUCCUCCUCAGCGACGAUCCCCACCCGUCUUCUCCUUCCUGAACCAGGCUCUCUUUUUCCGGGCGGGCGGAGUCGAAAUCGUGGGUGUCAGCACCCUGGACCCCAGAGCCAGAAGCAGUGAGAACCCUGACCCCUAACCCCACUGCAUCCAGCCAAUAGGAGCCCAGCCACGAUGGCGGAGCUGCAGGAGGUGCAGAUCACGGAGGAGAAGCCGCUGUUACCAGGGCAGACACCUGAGGUGGCCAAGGAGGCUGAGUUAGCUGCCCGAAUCCUCCUGGACCAGGGACAGACUCACUCUGUGGAGACACCUUAUGGCUCUGUCACUUUUACUGUCUAUGGCACCCCCAAACCAAAACGUCCAGCGAUACUCACCUACCAUGAUGUGGGACUCAACUAUAAAUCUUGCUUCCAGCCGCUGUUUCAAUUCGGGGAUAUGCAGGAAAUUAUUCAGAACUUCGUGCGGGUUCAUGUGGAUGCUCCUGGGAUGGAAGACGGGGCUCCUGUAUUCCCUGUGGGAUACCAGUACCCGUCUCUGGACCAGCUUGCGGACAUGAUCCCUUGCAUCCUGCAGUACUUAAAUUUCUCCACAAUAAUUGGAAUUGGUGUUGGAGCUGGAGCCUACAUCCUGUCACGAUAUGCUCUUAAUCACCAGGAUUCAGUCGAGGGACUUGUCCUCAUCAACAUUGAUCCCAAUGCCAAGGGUUGGAUGGACUGGGCAGCCCACAAGCUUACAGGCCUUACCUCUUCCAUUUCGGAGAUGAUCCUUGGACAUCUUUUCAGCCAGGAAGAGCUGUCUGGAAAUUCUGAGUUGAUACAAAAGUAUAGAAAUACCAUUACACAUGCUCCCAAUCUGGAGAACAUUGUACUAUACUGGAACAGCUAUAACAACCGCCGAGACCUGAACUUUGAGCGUGGAGGUGAUAUCACUCUCAAGUGCCCUGUGAUGCUGGUGGUAGGAGACCAAGCACCCCAUGAAGAUGCAGUGGUGGAAUGUAACUCCAAGCUGGACCCCAUCCAGACCUCUUUCCUCAAGAUGGCCGACUCCGGAGGUCAGCCCCAGCUGACUCAGCCAGGCAAGCUGACCGAGGCCAUCAAGUACUUCCUGCAAGGCAUGGGCUACAUGGCCUCCUCCUGCAUGACUCGCCUGUCCCGUUCUCGCACAGCCUCCCUGACCAGUGCGGCAUCCUUUGAUGGCAAUCGGUCCCGCUCUCGCACCCUGUCCCAGAGCAGCGAGUCUGGGACUCUCCCUUCAGGGCCCCCAGGGCACACCAUGGAGGUCUCCUGUUGAGUGGCCCUUGUUGCCCUGGUGUGGGACCCACCCUCACCUCCCCCAGCACUAACCUGGGAGGUGCAUAGGGCACUGGGCCAGAGUGAGCAAGGGAAGAUGGGCAGAUCAUGUGGGGACAUGGCCUUGAUCUUGGAUUGCUUCCCUAACCUUGACCUCUAACUUGUGAUUCCUCUCAGCUGAGAGAGAGAUCCUAAUAUCUCUUAGGGACCCGGACCCCUAAAUGAUCCCUUUCCCUCAUUCUUGUGUUAAGGCGGAGAGGGCACGUGUCCCCUCUCCCUAAUCUAGGUGUCUGUAGAGGAGGGAUAAGAGGCUGCUGUAGGUGUCCAUGGUGCCUCCCCCAGACUCUCCCUACUCAUCCCAUUGCAAGGGUAGGGCUGGGUCUCCAUUCACCAAAGCGGACAUGGCUUCUCAUUAACCCUUCAGGUCUCUGAAGGGUAUGGGCCUAAAUGAAUGUGUCACGGGAGGCUUGCUGCUGGGUUAGUUGUCCUCAGGAUGUGAGAGAAACAUCCAGUGUGUGAAUAGAAGUUGGACUGGGAGGUGACGGGCAAUGAACAAGUUUGAGGAAAGGACUGGAGCUGAGGCAACAGGAAGGGGCCUGGGGCCAUUGGCUGCACUAACUUUGGUAGCUAUCGAGACAGAGUGUGUCUAGAGUGGGAAGCGGGUGGGAACCAAGGGCUGCUUGGGGCUUGGCAUAGGAGUGGAAAGGGCUCCCUUGGGGCUCUGACCACGGUGUGUUAUGUGUGGAAGGUGCUCUCCUGUCUCCCACAACUUCUGCUGUAACAAUAAACUGUAGAGGAAUCUGAUCAC